AUGCUGCCUCUGGUUAAAGUCUCGCCUGCUCCUCCUCAGCUGUCGCUAUCCGAUGCACAAAGUGUACGCAGUGCAGCCUCUGCCAGUUCGGCCAGCGACUCCAUUGCUUCUGUGCUUCAUGCUCUACGUUCUGCCUCAGCUGUUUCUUCAGCUUUGGCAAGAACUCCUCCAUCUCUCGAUCUUGACCAAGUGAUUCGUUCUAUCGAUGGUGAUGCCGAAGAUGCCAAGAGAGAAAGAAACCCUUCAUCACGAGGCUCAUCCUCAUCACGUGCAUCCUCGUCGCUCACUCGCACGUCAUCGUCCUCAUCACGGUCUUCGUCAUCAUCACACGGGUCUUCAUCUUCUCGUUCCUCUUCGUCUCAUUCAUCAUCGUCCAAGAAUUUUGGCUAUUCUGGACCUUGGCGUCUCGCGCAAGUACCUUCAUGGGACCCUCAAUCGUUACGUGAACCUAAUGAAAAUGUAGUAUGCGAGGCUCGUUUACCUUAUCCUCCGGGUCUGAUCGCCCAUGUUCUCUUCAGUGAUACAGACCAUACUUAUUGGGAGAAACUCCUUACAUAUAUAGAGGCUACAAACAUUUCACAAUUUACUAAGUUCACUGAUUCAAACGAUAAUACAAGGACGUUUGAUUAUGAUCAAAAAUUGGAUUUCAAAAUAGGGCCCAAGCAAACUCGUUGUUACACGACCGAUACACUCUUGAGUUGGGACGAACGAAGCUUCUUCCAUGUUCUAACAACUACAUACACUCCGGGCCUACCUGCUGGUCAAUCAUUCAAGAUCAAAACACGAUACUUGUUUGGUUGGGCAGACUCACAAACGUCUCUUUUCGCCAUCUCUUAUCACAUCGUAUGGUCUAGUAAUUCAUGGUUCAAAAGCAUUAUCGAAUCCAAUUGUAAAAUAGCACAAUUGGACAUUGCUCAUAAAAAUGCCAAUUUCUUGAAACAGUAUCUCGAUACGGCUCCUUUAAAGCGGAAAUCUAAAACGAGAUCAAAAUCCAAAUCCAGUUCCAAAUUGAAAUUGAAAUUAGAGACUCCACCAUGCAACGGAAAUGAAAAUGUGCCGCCUUUAUUACCGAAACAAGUAGCAUCAUCACAGGCACCCUCCCAAUCUCCCAGGAUCAUUCCCUUAGCCAUUCUAGUAUUCUUAAUCAUCAUUAUCAUUCAAAACUAUUACAUAUUAAAACAUUUGAAACAUUCUUUACCAACUGCCACUACCGCUUAG